ACCCAGCUCACAGCGAGUCCUCUACAGCUAUGUGUAAAGGAAGGCUGAGGAUUUAAAAGAGGAACAACAGCGAGUGAUGUCAGCUCUGCCUAAAAUAGAGAGGGAUAGACUGCAAAUCCACAGCUAGGGGACUUAAAGCUUUCAAUCCCUCUGUAGCCAGCAGCAGGUCAACACAUACAGCUCCUGAAAGAGGAGAAAGCAAAAGAUCAAAGCUAGCCCACGAGUCCACCUCCCCCCCACCUUUUGUUUUGCCCCCCCUGGCAUCAGCCAGCAAGAGCUCACUACUUCACCAGGGGUGGCAGUGCAAGCCCUUGAGUCAUUUCAGGUCUGGAUGCUGGAGAGGCAUUGAACUGCAGACAGGUGCUCAGCUCUGCCGGCUCCUCUUCCCCUUGCUUGGGUUUUUGGUUGGAACUCUGAGGAUUAUUCCAAGCAUCUUAUGUCACCAUUGACGGACUUCCCGAAGAUUUUUUAAAGUGACCCACUCCCACGGGCUUGCUGGAGAAAAUUGAAGAAUCUGCGGCGCCAUGACGACCAAUGAAAGUGCCAACAACACCCCGAAACAGGUGGAGGUGCGCAUGCACGAUAGUCAGCUGACCUCGGAUGAAGUGCGCCCCAGAUCACCAUGCCUGAGGCUAUGCGACAAGCUUAUGGGCAACCUCCUGUUGACCCUUACAGUAUUUGGUGUCGUUUUGGGAGCAGUGCUUGGUGGUCUCCUUCGGAUGGCCGCUCCCAUCCACCCUGAUAUCGUAAUGGUGAUAGCCUUUCCAGGAGACAUUCUCAUGAGGAUGCUGAAGAUGUUGAUCCUUCCUUUAAUUAUCUCCAGUUUAAUCACAGGCCUGGCUGGGUUGGAUGCCAAAUCAAGUGGACGCCUUGGAACCAGGGCAAUGGUAUAUUAUAUGUCAACCACCAUUAUCGCUGCUGUUCUGGGAGUCAUUUUGGUCUUGGCUAUUCAUCCUGGAGACCCCAAACUAAAGCAGCAGCUUGGGAAGGGUCAAGAAAAUGAUGAGGUGUCCAGCUUAGAUGCCUUCUUUGAUCUUAUAAGGAACCUCUUCCCCGAGAACUUGGUGCAAGCUUGUUUCCAGCAGAUUCAGACGGUCACCAAGAGGACUGUGGUGGAAAAUCCUAUAGAAGAUCCAACCAAUGUCACUGACUCCUUUAUGGCCGCAAUUAACGACACUGUGAAUGUGACUAUGGUCAAAACAACAGAGGAAAUAAAAAAGAAGCUGGAAUAUAAAGAUGGGAUGAACGUACUGGGUGUGAUUGGUUUCUUCAUAGCGUUUGGCAUUGCGAUGGGAAAGAUGGGGGAACAGGCACGGUUGAUGGUGGAAUUCUUCAGCAUCCUCAAUGAGAUUAUCAUGAAACUUGUGACUAUGAUCAUGUGGUACUCUCCUUUAGGUAUUGCCUGUCUAAUCUGUGGGAAAAUCAUCGCCAUUAAAGACCUGGAACAGGUCGCCAGGCAGCUGGGAAUGUACAUGGUUACUGUCAUCGUUGGACUGAUUAUCCAUGGAGGCAUCUUCUUGCCGGCACUGUACUUCGCCAUCACCAGGAAAAGCCCGUUCUCCUUCCUGGCUGGAAUUUUCCAGGCUUGGAUUACCGCUCUUGGUACAGCUUCCAGUGCCGGGACCCUGCCAGUCACUUUCCGCUGUCUUGAGGAGAACUUGGGCAUUGACAAAAGAGUGACACGGUUUGUGCUUCCUGUUGGGGCCACGAUCAACAUGGAUGGUACAGCUCUGUAUGAGGCCGUGGCUGCUAUCUUUAUUGCUCAGAUGAACGGAAUUGUGUUGGAUGGUGGUCAGAUAGUGACAGUAAGCUUGACAGCGACGUUGGCCAGUGUGGGGGCAGCCAGUAUCCCCAGCGCAGGUCUGGUUACCAUGCUUCUCAUCCUGACGGCUGUAGGAUUGCCCACCCAGGACAUUAGCCUGCUCGUCGCUGUGGACUGGCUAUUGGACCGAAUGAGGACUUCCGUCAACGUCGUUGGUGACUCCUUCGGUGCCGGCAUCGUUUACCAUCUAUCCAAGGCAGAGCUGGACAAUCUGGAUAAGCAGCAUGCACAGCAGGAAAUUGAAAUGACCAAGACUCAGUCCAUUUAUGACGACAUGAAAAACCACAGGGAGAACAAUUCCAACCAAUGCAUUUACGCAGCGCACAAUUCUGUGGCAGUUGACGACUGCAAGUCUUUCCACCGUGUCGAGUACCAGUCGUGUCUCUAAAUGUUGUGUACACUACGAGGACCUUAGCGUGUAAGGUAACACUGGCAAACAACGGCAAAACGGCAGACUUCAACGCUGUUGUGGAGGAGACCCAGGAGGCGUAAGAGUUCCCGGAAAGCCCACCGCCGCAGCCUGUCUUCGAGGAAGAGAGUCAACUUACAGUAUGACAUGACUAUCUCAUAAUAACUAUCAUUACCCCCACAAUAAUCUCUACUGCCACAGCACAGAAAUACCUUCUUCGGGGCCUCCGUGUUUUCGCAAUAUGCAAAAAGGGGAAUAUCAGAUCAACGAUCAAUUUGGGGUGUCGAGAAUGUAUGAGUGAGCUCGCACCUCAUUGUAUGGACUCAGGUAACAACAACAACAACAACAACAAAAAAUUACAAAAACCUGCAGCCUUGGGGAGGGUUCUGUCUGCAGAACAGUGUUCACUUCAUUCCGUUCAAUGGUUGAUCCCCUACCAAUGUCUGGAUCUACAUUCCUUCUUCAUAGUAUUACAUAGCUCUUGUUACUCAGUGACCAGUAUGUUUACACAGUGCGCACUACUGAGCUAGUGUAUCUGCAUAUUACAUCUUAUGUCAUGCUUCUCAAUAUUUCCAAAUCAUUACGUUUCCGUUCCUAACUUAGCUAACUCAUAACCAACCAAUAAGACCAAUAUUUCCUCAGGGCCACGCCCAUUUUUUUUUU